CAGCUACACGCCACAGCAUCACCGCCUCGCCUCGCUGAAGAAAAAAAAAAAAAGAAAAAAGCCCAGAGAGAGGAGAGCAAUGCUAAGGGAUGUAAGAUGGCAGAGCUACAAAUGCUGUUAGAGGAGGAAAUCCCCGCCGGUAAAAGAGCCCUCGUCGAAAGCUACCAGAACCUGACCCGGGUAGCGGAAUACUGUGAAAACAAUUAUGUCCAGGCUCAAGACAAGAAGAAGGCCCUGGAGGAGACCAAGGCCUACACCACCCAGUCCCUGGCCAGCGUGGCCUACCAGAUCAACGCCUUAGCGAACAAUGUGCUGCAGCUGCUGGACAUCCAGGCCUCGCAACUGCGACGCAUGGAGUCCUCCAUCAACCACAUCUCCCAGACCGUGGACAUCCACAAGGAGAAGGUGGCGCGUCGAGAGAUCGGCAUCCUGACCACAAAUAAGAACACCGCGCGCACCCACAAGAUCAUCGCCCCUGGCAACAUGGAGCGGCCAGUGCGCUACAUCCGGAAGCCCAUCGACUACACGCUGCUGGACGACGUGGGACACGGCGUCAAAUGGCUUAAGGCCAAGCAACAUGGGAACAAUGCAGCAGGAAGGGGAGCGACACUUUCCAGGACCACCCCUCCCUCACAGAAACCACCAAGCCCCCCCAUGGCUGGUCGUGGUACCCUAGGGCGUAACACUCCUUACAAGACCUUGGAGCCGGUGAAGCCUCCCGUGGUGCCCAACGACUACAUGACGAGCCCGGCCCGACUGGGCAACCAGCACAGCCCCGCACGCACAGCCUCGCUCAACCAGAGGCCCAGGACACACAGUGGCAGCAGUGGUGGUAGCGGCGGCAGGGAGAACAGCGGAGGCAGUGGAGUCGGUAUUCCAAUAGCAGUUCCCACCCCCUCCCCUCCCAGCAUGGGGCAAGCGGUGACAUCUUCUGCCUCGGUGCCCCAGGGCCCCGGCCUGGGUCCGAUACCCAUGUCCCAGUUUGGCACCAUCUCCCGCCAGAUCUCCCGUCACAACUCUUCCACCACCUCCUCGGCCUCCAUGGUGUCGGCCACUGGAACCUACCGCCGCGCCCCCUCCGUCUCCUCCCAGCAGCCCCACAUGAACGGUGGCCCGGCCUACCCGCAGAACUCAGUGUCUGUGGCUCCUCCGCCUCCUCCUCCAAUGGUCCAGCUGACCCCACAGAUCCCUCUGACCGGCUUUGUUGCCAGAAUGCAGGAGAGCAUAACAGACAGCCCCGCCCCGCCUCCGCCGCCCCCGCCAGAGGACAUGGGCGUCUUUGAGGAGGGCUCUCCCCCUCCUCCUCCCCCACCUGUGGACUAUGAGGAAGAGGAAGCCGCGGUGGUUCAUUACAGCGAUCCCUACGCAGACGGAGACCCCCUCUGGGCCCCCAAGGUUUAUUUAGAGAAAGUGGUGGCCAUCUACGACUACAGCAAGGACAAGGAGGAUGAGCUGUCCUUCAACGAAGGAGCCAUCAUCUACAUAAUCAAGAAAAACGACGACGGCUGGUUCGAAGGGGUCGCUAACGGCGUCACCGGACUCUUCCCGGGAAACUACGUGGAGUCGAUCAUGCACUAUGCUGACUAGCGGACAGACGAAACAAAAACACACCCAAAGUGGCACUGCUAGUUUUGAGCGAAGGUAAAACCGUGAAGAUGUACAGAUGUUUGCCAUUGACUGCAGUUCAUACGAGCUCCCGUUUUUGAAUGAAGUGCCAUGGUGGAUUUUUCAGAUGCUUUUCUUCUUUUAGGGAGCUUGUGCUUGCACGGUUUUGUAAUGCACCCCAACCCCCCUCGCCCCCCCUCCCCCCCUCAAAAAAAUAAACAGGGAAGGAGGGUGGUGACGCUUCAGACUGGGGUCUGUUAGUUUACACUGUGGACGAAAGGGAGGAGACAAAGAUAAAGCCUUUCACCUGCAGCUGUUACACCCGUGUAGGUGUCAUUUUUUUCUCGAAAGACAUUGCAGAGUAAUUUUAAACAAGCACAUCUGGAUUCAGUGUAUUUGCAACCAGUGUUUCCGAUACGCAGUUCAUCCAGACAGUAAAGAUGAGGCAGACCGACCUUUCCCCUCCUUUCUAAAACCUGCCACACACACACACACACACACACACACACACA